UUCAAGGAAGACGCUGUACGAGAUUUUGAUGACAAAGAUGCUGGAAAAAAAACCGCCACUAAUAUCAUAAACAUUUAUAAAUCAUGCGCAGUAAUAAUACAUUUUGACAUCUGUAUAAUUGAUGUAUAAACGAAAACGAAAAUAUACAAAAUAAAUUUUUUUUUACUCAAAUCAAACUAAGUAAAAUAGGUUAAGUGCAGAAAAUGGCAACUGAAGAAUUAGCCACUGAUGAAACAAUUUUAAACAUAAAACGUUUACCCGUUACAUCAGAAGAAUUUCCAUUUAAUGAAUGGCUAAUUAAAUAUGAGCAAUCACAUAUUUUACACUCGCAAUGUUCAAAAAAAGGUGCUUGUAAUAGUUGUACGAAUAUAAACGAUCGUUGUUUAUUUUGCCAAUAUACUUCUCAGUUAGAAUUACCACAUUUACCAGAUAUGGUCUUUCCAAAUAAUAUACUAUUGUUGAAACAUAAAUCAGGUUGCGAAUUAAAAUUUAAUGCAUUGGAUGCAUUACAACGUGUAAGUAAUGGUAAAUUAAAUUUACAAGUUGAUGUUGCUGAGGCAUGGCAAGAAGCAAGACCAGGUACAAAUUUAGAUAAUCGAGCAAAAAAAUUUGAUUGGACAUUUACAACGGAUUAUAUGGGUACAAUGUCGAAUGAUUUUAUUGAAGAAGAUACCAGUGAACGUAUUGAUAUUGAAAAGUUAAAGCAACGUGAGAAAAUAUUAUUUUUUCAUGAAUUAUCGUUGUAUGAAGAUGAAUUACAUGAUCAUGGCAUUGCUUCGUUGAACGUAAAAAUUCGUGUGAUGCCAAGUUCAUUUUUUAUAUUACUACGAUAUUUCUUACGAGUAGAUAAUGUGAUGGCACGAAUAAAUGAUACACGAAUUUAUUACGAAGUUGGUUCACCAUAUUUAUUACGAGAGUAUACAUCAAAACAAGCAGAUUAUAAGGACUUAUCACUACCAAUCGCUAUUUAUACUGAUCCUAGUCAAUUAGCGCAGUAUUUGACAUUAAAAUCCAGUAAUUAUAAAAAAAUAAUCAUACCAGGCGCAAGUUAAACGCAACUAA